AUGGCCGGCUCAAUCAUUGCGUCUCCCGCGCCCUAUCACAUCCUUGCCUACGGCACUCUUGUUGGCACAUCAUUUUUCCACACCUUUGUGAACAGCCCGAUCCUGUUCAAAAACACCGAGCGGCCCGUCUUCUCCGCCAUCCAGGCCAAGGCGUUCCCCGUCUACUUUGGCCUGCAGACCGCGCUGCCCGCCAUCCUCGCGCUCACCUUCCCCGGGAACGCCCUGCUCGCCACGCCCGGCGGCGUCUCCGCGCUCCUCGCCGAGUCCAACCGCUGGGGCUCGCUGGUGCCCAUCGUCGCCAUGUUCGUCUCGGGCGCGCUCAACCUGUUCGUGCUGUUGCCGGCGUCCAGGGAGGUCAUGAAGCAGCGUCAAGGUCAAGCCAAGCGCGACGGCAAGCAGUGGCACGAGGAGGGUCCUCACUCGGAGGAGAUGAAGGCUCUGAGCAAGCGUUUCGGCAUGCUCCACGGCAUCUCGUCCCUGCUUAACCUGGCAACCUUCAUCGGCGCCGUCACAUAUAGUUUCACGCUCGGGGCACGCUUGUGA